UUGUUUCUAAUCAUCAUCCACACAACGAAAAAUGGUUAAUAUAUUACUUAGUCUCUUUCUUUUUUCGCUCUCAAUGCAUUGUUUCAAUGCUUGCUUAACUUUAGAAACAAGUAGCAACCAGUCAACCAAUCAAACUUUCCGAUCAGAAGAAUUUCACAAGCCUGCUGUUGUUAAGACAAUUCAAGAUCUUCCAAAAAGACCAAUAGGUCAUAACCAAACAGAUAUUUUGAGUGACAACAUGCAAUUCUGGAGCUCCGAAGGAACACAUUCAAUUAGAAGAACAAAACAAGACAUAUUAAGAACUAAAUCUAUUAGCAGGUUUGGAAGAAAAUUAAAUCAGGUCGGAACGAACACCGGUGAACAUCUGUAUGCAAUUGCACGUGUGAAUGGAGAUAAGUUCUAUGGAGCAAAGGCUACCAUAAAUGUGUGGAGACCCUAUGUGGAAAAUAACAGUAAUAAUGAUGAAUUCAGCUUGUCUCAAAUAUGGGUCACUGCUGGUUCAGAUGGAGAACUCAACACUAUUGAAGCUGGUUGGCGGGCGGACCCUAAAUUUAACGGGGACAAUCUCCCUAGAUUGUUUAUCUUUAUGACGAAGGAUGGAUAUCAAACUGGAUGCUACAAUCUUGGGUGCGGUUUUGUUCCAAAUACCAAUAGCGUAAUUACACUUGGAGCUCCAAUUUCUUCAACUUCAUCUACGUAUAAUGGACAGCAAGUUGAAAUUACCUUAUCAAUCUAUAAGGAUCAAAAGAGUGGGAAUUGGCAGCUUGAAUAUGAAUCUGGAAAUGUAAUUGGAUAUUGGCCAUCCUCUUUGUUCACACACUUAAAUGAUGGUGCAACUGAUAUAGAUUUUGGUGGAGAAGUGUCUACAACAAAAAAAGGGUCUCACACAACAACCCAAAUGGGUAGUGGACAUUUUCCAGAUGAGGGUUAUGGAAAAGCUUCAUAUUUUAGAAAUAUACAAGUUGUAGAUUCUGAUAACAAGUUUAUUCCGUUGCCAAAUGUCAAAUAUCAGGCGGAGCACCCAAACUGUUAUAAUAUAAUUGGAGGAGUUAGUAACCAGGGUCAGAAUUUCUUUUACUAUGGUGGACCUGGAAAGAAUGUAAACUGUCCCUAAUUCAAAAUUCGAGUUAUAAAGGUGAUACAUGAUACAUCGUUGGUACCAUUACCACCUCCCAAAUUCCUGAAGGGAAUAAGAAAUAAAAUAUACUAGGACAUACUUUAAUGAUACUUGCAAUAAUAAAUUUCAAGCACUUUGUUUAUAAUGAUACUUGCAAUAAUAAAUCAAAUAUCUAUAGUUUUCUAUAAUGUCAUUGUGUCAAAUUUGGA